AUGGCAGUCCUGCUCCUGCCCCUUCUCAUGGCAGCCUGUGCGUUCUUGGGGGUUGGUCUGUGGGUAAUCUGCAGCCAUUUCCUUACUGCGGACAUCCCUGCAGCCAUCGGCCACCCGGUGAAACUGCGGGUCCUGGAUUGCCUUUUCCUGCUGUUGUUGAGAUGGGGGAUGAUUUUUGAGAAACUGAGAAUCUGUUCUAUGCCCCAAUUUGUCCGUUUCAUGCAUGAUCUGAGGCCACUGAAGGAGGAUCCGGAUGUCGUGGUCACAGACCUCCGCUACGGGACAAUCCCUGUGAAGCUGUACCAGCCCAAAGUGUUUUCCUGCAUUCCCAGGCCUGGCAUCGUGUUCUACCACGGCGGCGGGGGGGUCCUGGGGAGCCUGAAAACCCAUCAUGUCAUAUGCUGUCAUCUGUCCAAGAAGAGUGGCUCAGUGGUCCUAUCAGUUGGAUACCGCCGCCUGCCCCAGCAUAAAUUCCCGGUGGCGGCACGAGACUGUAUUGCAGCCACCAUCCACUUCUUGAAGUCCCUGAAUGUGUAUGGGGUGGAUCCAGAUCGGGUCGUGGUCUGUGGUGACAGUGUGGGAGGGGGAGUGGCCACGAUAGUUUGUCAAAAACUUUUGGACUGUCCAGAUCUCCCCAAGAUCCGUGCUCAGAUCCUGGUCUACGCCAUCCUCCAAGCUGUGGAUUUUCAAUCCCCUUCCUAUCAGCAGAACAGGAAUAUCCCACUGCUCAAUUGGAAUUUUGCCUUCUACUGUUGGAGUUGUUACCUGGACAUCAACCCCUCCUGGAAAAGCACCAUCAUGAAAGGUGCCCAUUUGCCUGCUGAAGUCUGGGAAAAGUACAGAAAGUGGUUGGGUGCAGAAAACAUCCCGGAGAGGUUUAAGAAGAAAAGCUACCGGCCGAUGCCCCGUGAGCCCCUAAACGAGGCUGCCUACCUGGAGACAAACCUCGCUCUGGAUUUGAUGAACUCACCCCUGAUUGCAGAAGAUGAAGUCAUGUCUCAGCUCCCGGAGGCUUGCAUUGUGAGCUGUGAGUAUGACCUUCUCCGGGACCAUUCACUGUUGUUCAAGAAGCGGUUGGAGGACUUGGGAGUCCCGGUGACAUGGCACCACAUGGAGGACGGUUUCCACGGAGUGCUUAGCACCUUUGAUAUGGGCUACUUGCAAUUCCCCUGCUCCACGAGGAUUCUAAAUGCCAUGGUCCAUUUUCUAAAUAAGUUGUGA